AUGCAGAAGCUCUUUUCCUGGCCGAGUUAUAUACAAUGGUUCAUUGAUGUUUACAGACGUCGAACUGGACAGCUCACAGAUCGCGAAAUGGAGGCUAUACAUAUGCAGCAUCAAGGCGCUAGGACUCGCAGGGAUCCGUUGGAUGUUCGCGUCGAUUUAUCAGCUAAUCGUAACCCGUUGACACGCCCGUCAUCCCCUAAUACAGAACAUCACACCAAGACGAAUUUCCAACAGCAGUCUAGCCUCAUGAAGCUGCCUACAGAGAUACGGCUUCAGAUCUGGGCUGUUGUGCUAGGGGGACGUCGCUUCCACCUCGAGACGCCAUGGCCCAGACCACUUGGACAGCUUUGUUAUUUCGGGCACCUAAGUCAUAACGAGCAUUCUCUUCAAUGUCGCCCACGGAUGUCUAUCAAGAAAAGGAAUAUGGAGAAAAAUCUGUUCCUUCCCAUUCUCAUGUCCUGUAGGCAGAUAUAUGCAGAAGCUAUUCCCUAUCUCUACUCGGCAAAUGAGUUUGCCUUGGUGCACUCCAACGUAAUGGAGUAUCUGCCGCGUCUGCUCCUUCCACAGAGGAUAGAUACUAUUCGCUCACUAGCCUUUCAUUGGCUUCAUCCAAUGGAUCCGCUUCAGACGCUUCAGCAAGAGUCACAACAGACCGAUACCAGGUUCGUUGGGCUUCCGAGUACGUGGAAUGCAAUCUGGGGUAAUAUCUCGGCAAUGAAAGGUUUGCGUACGUUACAUGUCAUGCUUGAUGUAUUUGCAAAGCACUGGAUGAGUCUGAAUGAAGAUGUUGCUGCGAGAUUGAUGCAGCCGAUUAGGAAGGUGGUAAACCCCGCGGAUUUCAUUUUGAGUCUUCCAUUCCCUUCAAUGGUUGGUUCGGUGCCAAGCGCUAUCAGAUUUCGAUGGGCUGCUCCCGACGAUUGGCAAGGUCGUGAUCCUUGGGAGACCCUUCCUUGUACUAUCAGAAGGGUCUCGUCCUUUAGAGACUUUUAG